AUGGAGGUGGAGGAGGAGGAAAGACGCUCUCCACACGAUCAUGUGGAUCGGUGUGUUCCCGAGAGCUUCUUUGAUCGCGUAACGCAAGGGUUACGCGACGAUCUCGAGCAUGAGCGGAAUAGGCGUCUCCAGAUGGUGGACACUGCCUCGAAGCAUCGAGCUGAGUUUGCCUUUGCUCAGCUUGAGAACGAGAGAUCUCUGACAUCUCUUCGUGACGAGCUAAGGGUAGCUCGUGGGAUUGUUGAUCGGUCUCGGGCUGAGAUAACUGCUCUUCAGACCCUUGUUGAUGCCCAUCAUCGGGAGCACAAGGCUCUCUGCGAGAUGCUUGAGCGCAAGGGCGUUCUUCAUCGGAAGAAGCAGCGUACUGAUGGUACGGCUUAA